CUGCUGGGAGGAAACCUCGAUCUGAUGAGGAGCUCUCUCUCGAGCCCAGCAGUCUACCACGAGUCUGAUCCUGAAACUUGACGAAGACCUCGAGGUUGUCGAGGGACUGACCACAAAGAGUGUCACUGUCACUGGUCUAUCAGAUAGUCAUGAACGGAAACUUCACAGGGUGAACAUAAGCAGGGGGAGGAGCGGCAGUCGCAAGGGACCCACUUCAGCAAUUGUUCAGCCUACUAGCAGCAUGAGUCACUAGAGCGAGUCAGCCAUGUUAGAUAGUGAGGCGUGAAUAAACGCGGAGAACAAUACACAUACGACCCGUCCUGCACCUUUGAGCGUUCAUCUCUUAUGGUCUUAGAAGUUAGCCUAUACGGCCUCUUGAGGCAUCAGUGCUCUCUAGUCGGCUUUUAAUGUUUCAGUCUCACAGUCAAGAAGUCUGAAACGCCGAGCUUUUUCACAUUAAAGAAUGCCACCACGGAUAGUUGCUAGACGAAUCACUUUAGGGCACUGAUGAUGCGGAAUUGCUACGUCACGGUGAAACGUGCUUUGUAUUUAUGAACUUUAAUUAUCACCCAAGGUGAUACGGAGCCUGGAAGGCUGGUUGCCGUCAGUUACCACAUCAGUGGUUACCACAUCAUGGAUAUCUGGCGCAACGGCGUUAUAGUCGCAGUGCUGUUCACGUUAUUGUCGCGAGGCGUCUUCGCAACUCAAGAAGGGCCUUACCUGUACAACUUCGUGCUGAAGGCGUUUGACAACUUGAAUUACGACAAAUGGAGCAUGGACUAUUACGGUGGAGACCCGUGCCUGCUGCCUCCUGUCGCUUGCAACACAGAGGGUUAUGUGACUCGCCUCAUAUUGGCCUCGUUUCUUCCACCUCUCAACGGCACCCUCAGCCCCUACAUCCGCUACUUCCCUUAUCUGCAAGAGCUAUAUCUCAACAACAACAAUCUGACAGGUGAAGUGCCGUGGGCGGCACUGGGCGAACUGAGUAAUCUGAGGGUGCUGGAUCUAAGCAGCAACUCUUUCACAGGGACAAUCAAGGCUGUUGGGAGCCUACCACGUGUUGCUGACCUGCGGCUGCAGAACAAUCUGUUGUCUGGUACCAUACCCGCGGCAUUCAAGGCGAAGACAUGCGAGCCGUUUCUGGGCAACUCCAAUCUUGUCUGCCCAUCAGACUUUGCAUCAGCAGCGCCAGUCAACGCACCAGUCCAGGAAAGCCCGCCCCCUCCAGCUUCCUCCAGCUCUCUGCCAGCCAUCAUAGGCGGCGUGGUGGCCGGCAUAGCUUGUCUGCUUCUGCUGCUGAUCGGUGUUUGGUGGUGGUGGCGGCGGCAGCAGCAGCAGCGGAAAAUGAAGGGGAGCAUAGGGCUGGAGAAAGGCGAGGUGGCUGAUCCGCUGCGUGAGGAGAUCUUGGGCCACUUGCAGCAGCUGCAGCGUUUUCGCCUGGAGGACCUCCGCAAGGCGACCGGGGGGUUCGGCAGCAGGCAGCUGCUGGGGGAAGGGGGGUAUGGGCUUGUGUAUAGAGGGGCGCUGGAGGACGGCAAGCAAGUGGCGGUUAAACUGCUCAAGAAGGAGAAACGGGGCAGCGAGGAGGCGUUUGUGAAUGAGGUGAACGCUAUAAGCUGUGCCGUGCACCGCAACCUGCUCAGGCUGGAGGGGUUCUGUGUGGACAAGGGCGAGCGGCUGCUGGUGUUCCCCUUCCUGCCGCAUGGGUCUGUGGCGGAUUACUUGAAAGGUGGCCGCCUGAGGGACAAGACCACGCUAACAUGGAAGCACAGGCGGAAUAUAGUGCUUGGGACAGCGGAGGGGCUAGCGUACAUGCACACGGACUGUACCCCCAGGCUCAUUCACUGCGAUGUGAAGGCUGAGAACGUGCUUCUAACGAAGGAUAACGAUCCGGUUAUUUGCGACUUUGGCCUGUCGAAGCUGGUGGAGGUGGAGGUACCCUCCAUUCCCAAGAGAGGGGGUGCAGGGGCAGCAGUGCGCGGAACCCUGGGGCACCUCGCUCCAGAGGUGUACGCUACUGGCAAGUGGUCCGAGAAGUCUGAUGUGUUUGGCUUCGGUGUGCUGCUGGUCGAGUUAAUUGCGGGCAGCAGCCUUUUCGACUUGCCGAUGAGCCAAGGUGAACCCCAGGGCGAAGGCACUGGCGGCAGUGGCAAAGACCAACGGGACCAGAAGGAGAGCGGAGAGGGGGGAGGCAGGAAAGGCACAGACGAGCAGGGGGGCGCCACAGAGGAGAUCAAGGACGUGGGGGGGGAGAAGGAGAAGCAGGCGAAGCAGGAGGAGGUGGAGGAGGAGGAGAGGGAGAAAGCGGGAGAUGACAUGACACUGCGGGAGUGGGUGACCUGUGAGAUGCAGCAGGGGCAUGUGAACACGCUGGUUGACGUGCAGAUCAGGUCACAUCCUGCUGACUGCGACCCACUCGAAGUGCAGGUCUUCCUGCACGUGGCUCUGCUCUGCUUGCAGCAAUCCCCCACCGACCGACCAACAAUGAGCGAGUGUGUGACCAUGCUCCAGGGCACAGGCCUGGCGUGCCGGUGGCAGCUGUGGGGCAAUGGGAUGGAGGAGGGCAUGCGCCCACCAGAUAUGCCCACGCCGGAUGGCGUUGUUUCGGACUCGGGCGACAGUUACUUGCCUCUCGAUAUUUCAGGACCGCGCUAAGGCUUGAUGCAUUUUUCGAUCUAUAUAUAUGGAGUUCAGAACGGUAGCAGUUCGGUGUGCAGUUUUCACCUUCGGCACCUCAAAGGAGUUAGGAUACAGGGCUCGUGCAUGGCAUGCCAGUGGCAGCUGUGGGACAACGGCAUGGAGGAGGGCAUGCGCCCACCGGAUAUGUCCACGCCAGAUGGCGUUGUUUCGGACUAGGAAGACAGUUACUUGCCUCUCGAUAUUUCAGGACCGCGCUAAGGCUUCAUGUAUAUCUUGAUCUGUUUAUAUAUAUAUAUAUAUACAUAUAU